AUGGUGGGAAAAGACGGCAGCAGCCAGUACAAGAACGUGCAGGACGCCGUGGACAGAAUCCCCCAGUCGCGAUCCUCCACGUGGCGCAUCUGCAUAAAACCGGGCCGUUACAACGAGCAGGUACACAUCAAGCCCGGGCAGAACAAGGUCGACCUCCGAGGUUGUGGCAGGUCGACAAUCAUCUCAGCGGGGAACGCGCAGUCGAAGCGAGGCUCGCCGUGGUAUGCGGCGACGCUCGUGGUGGAAGGGAACGACUUUACCGCAGCGGGCUUUAUCGUUGAAAAUACGGCCAAAACGACGUUCGACCCCGCACCUGCUGUAGGCCUUCUCGGCUCGCGAUCGCGUUGGUCCGCUGUGGGUUUGAUCGCUUGGGUUGACACGCUCGGUGCGUUCACGGGGAAGCACUUGUUCCAGACGUGUUACAUCUCCGGGCUCACGGAUGUCAUCUGGGGGUUCGGACGCGUGGCGAUCGUUGAUUCGCAGAUCGACGUCCGGCACUACGAGGCGAGUAUUCAGUACAUCGGGUAUCUGACGGCGAUGGGCACGGAUUGGCCAACCGGAAGCAUGGGAACCGGCGGCGCGAUUCUGUCCAAAUGUAGCAUCAACGGCAACGGGAAGGCUUAUCUGGGCAGGCCGUAUCGCGAUAAGUCUCUGGUGGUGUACGAUUCGUGCUACAUGGAUAAAGCCGUUAUGCCCGUGGGCUGGUCGGACUGGCAAGGUCGUUAUUCCAAAGGCGGGGUUCAGUUUAAGGAGUACAACUCGCGAGGGCCCGGGUCGUCGCCAGGGGAGAGGCGGAUGGCGAGUGUGAAUGGGGGGAGUGUGCCAGGUAGCUACAACUGGAGGCAAUUCAUAGCUUAG